AGCGCGGCGGCGCCGGGACCGCGGCGCAGCCCCGGGGACAGGGCUCGGCCCGGCGGCGCCGCCGCCCCCGGGACGGACGCGCCCGCGGCAAGAUGGGCGCCCUGGCCCUGGCCCUGGGGAUUUUCCACUACCUGGGGCUCUACCUACAGCUCGGCGCCGCCUCCCGGCACCCCCCGUGGGACGCCCCGGCGGCGGGCAGCGCAGCUCUCUUCACCGAGACCCCUCAUGACAUGACGGCGCAGGCGGGUGAGGAUGUGGAGAUGGCGUGUUCCUUCCGCGGCAGCGGCUCCCCCUCCUACUCCCUUGAGAUCCAGUGGUGGUAUGUCCGCAACCACAAGGACUGGACGGACAAACAGACGUGGGCUUCCAGUCAGCUGAAAUCAUCACCACCAGAGGAGCCCGGGAAAGAGGCGACAAAAAUCAGCGUGGUGAAGGUGGUCGGCAGCAACAUCUCCCACAAGCUGCGGCUGUCGCGAGUGAAGCUGGAGGACGAGGGGACCUACGAGUGCCGGGUGAUCGACUCCAGCGACGGCAAGGCACGGCACCACAAGGUGAAGGCGUACCUGCGGGUGGAGGCAGCGGGGGGCCCGGGGCACCCCCAGGACACCGAGCUGCGGGAGGCCCCCCUGGCAGAGCUCGCCUCGCCGGGCUCAGCCCACGCACACCACCACCACCACCACCACAAAGCCGGGAAGGAGCUGAAGAAGCGCUCGGCAGACACCUCCUGUGUGCUGUAGGUGGGCGGUGUGGGGGGACGCAGGAGCCCCCCCCGGCCCGGACUCAGCGGAGCCAUCCAGGGUCCCGCACCCCCUGCCAGAGACUGGCCCCAGCACCCCGUCCUGUCCAGCUCCCCUCAGCACCUCCCUCUCUCCCCAGCGCAGCGGGGCCAGGGCUCGGCCUGCUGCGGGAGCCGGACCUGUCAGUGCCAUGGGGGCAUCGCUGGGGCUGUGCCCGGGGCCAGGCCGUGUGCCCACCCGUGGUGGUCGCCAUCUCCCCGGCCUAGUGCGGGUGGGCGCCCGCUGCCCGCUGCCACCGUGGUGCCGCGGGCCGUGCUGUGUCCCGGCUCUGCCCGGGGGGACCCUCCUGCCCACGGGACCCUCCCUGCCCUCCCCUGUGCUUCGCAGCCCCAGCCGCCCCUUCCCGUAGGUUGCCCCGUUUAGUUGCUCGGUUCCAGCCCCACAGUGCGUAUCUAAGUUCCAGCCUCCAUCCCACAGCCCGUGUGUAUCCCCCCUGCCCCUGCCUGCCCCGCAGCCCCCAGCACGUCAAGGCCUGAGCUCAGCAGAGGAAGGACGGCACGGCACAUUCCUGGCAGCCUCCCGGCACGCUCUGGCAUCGCUCAGCCAGGCAGCUGCCCGUGCUCAGUGUGUGCCUUGGAAGGUGUGCCAUCGGAGCUGGCCCCUUGCACCCAUCACUCCUCCUCCCCUCGCAUUUCACAGAGGAUGGGGCUCUCAGCCGCCAGCCCCGUCCACCCUGGCCCCAUCCCGCUGCCCGUGGCUCUCGGCCCCCUCUCAGUGAAGCAUCCCUCCCUCCCAGGCCACAGCACCACACUGCCCCGGCAGGGUCUGGCCCACGGGCUCUUGUGUCAGUGCAAACAGCACAGCCCAUCCCUGAUGCCCCCGCGGUGACCACGGCCACUGGGACGGAGCUAUGGGGAGGGAGAGCGGGGUCCCGGGGCACUGCUCCCCCGCUGCCCCCAGCCUGCCACCAUCAGACCUGCUGCAGCUAAUAAAGCUCUUUAAAGGAAA